AUGUGGUGGGUCCGGCACCUGAGGUCCAGCGUCUCGGCCUCGUCGACUUCCAUGACCUUACCUUCGUUGGGCUGGGCGGGCCGAUUAAGCCCUCGCGCCUUGGCCACUAGUGGCCGGGCGGGCGCUGAGAGCCCGGGGACGCGGGUCAUGCCGCAAGUGGAUGUAGAUGAGCCUAGCGUUCGCCGUCAAUUGGGUCCGGUCCAGAUGACCUUUGUCAAACAGGCCGAGCGCGACAACGCCCAACGCGCCACUCGCCACAAGAAGUUUCGCCGCAAGGAUUGGUAUGUGGCCGCCAUCUGCCUGAGUGUGGCCGCUGCCAUCUACAGCUACACGAUUUUUGCCAUCAAGCAAGAGACCUUCCUGGAUGAUUUUGAUAUGCCCGAUCCUAUGGAAAUGAAGGAGGCCAAAGCCUAAUUAUCACGUCUGCCGCGCCCACCACUCAUUACGUCGAUCUUCUAUUCCUCUAUUCUUCUAUUGGUAG